UGAGCUGAAGAGGAGAUGAUCAACAACAACAACAUUAACACAGGCAGAAGCAGCAGCAGAAGCAGCAGCAGCUCUCAGUGUGAAUCUGACUGCUGCAGCUCUCACAUAUAACACACCUUCACCCCUCUCUGUGUGUUUGUGUGUGUUUAUUUAUUUUUCCUUCAAGUUACUCUGAACUUUUUCUUCUUCUUUGGGAGUUGGGAGGGUUUUUUUUGGUUUCCAGUCUGACUGCAUUGCAACAAAAACUGCUGCUGUGUCUUCGAGAACAGAGAAAGAAAAAGAGCAUUUAAAAAAAAGAAGUCUGGUGGAGAGAAAUCAUGGAGAUCCUGGACAGUAGUGAAUCGUUUUUACACUGGGACAGGAACCUGAGCGAGCUGUCUGAAGCCGGAGAGAUCGACUGUGUGCUCUACACCAAUCACUUCUCCGAAUUCCUGGACGACCUCUCCCAGGAUGCUUUGCUUGGCCAGCUGCUCAGCGACCCCUUCCUAUCCGGGGUGAGAGGCGGCAUGGAGGAGGCCAUGGAGGGCGAGGACGGCAGCGACCUGUCCCCGUCUUCUCCUCUGCCGCCGCACAUCACCGCCGAGCACAGCUACUCUCUGUGCGGCGACAGCCGGCCGCAGUCGCCCCUGUCGCACCUGACCGGAGAGCACGGCAGUGAAGCAGCAGAGUCCGACGGGGAUUCAGCCGAGUGGCCCAUGGAGCAGGACGAGGCCAUGGACAGCCUCUUGUGUGAGACUCCUUCCCUCCUCCCCACCCUUUCCCUCUCUCUGGUCCCCAGCGAGGGGUCCCAAGCAACCGAGGGCCCCGAUGUAAGCCCUGUCGCCACUACCACCGCCGUCGCUGUCACCGCCGCUGCCGCCCCAGCUCAGACAGCAGUCAGCAGUCACAACAACAAAGGCAUCAAGAUAAAGGAGGAGAAUAUCAUCCCUCAGAUUAAGCUGGAACCUCAUGAAGUGGACCAGUUUCUCAAUCUGUCACCCAAAGGUCUGGAGUCCCUGCAAAUGCCUCCCACUCCUCCCAGUUCCCACGGCAGCGACUCGGAGGGCAGCCAGAGCCCCGUCCACGCCCCACCCAGCCUGUCCUGUCCCACCUCCCCCACCAGCCCCGCUCCAUCCCAGGGCAGCCUGAAGGUGUCUCCUCGCGGUCCCUCCUCCCUCUCCAACUCUCCUCUGCUCACCGCUCCUCAUAAACUGCAGGGUUCGGGCCCGCUGAUCCUGACUGAGGAGGAGCGUCGCACCCUUGUGGCCGAAGGUUACCCAGUUCCCACCAAACUGCCCCUCACCAAAGCCGAGGAGAAGGCGCUGAAAAAGAUCCGCAGGAAGAUCAAAAAUAAGAUCUCAGCUCAAGAGAGUCGCAGGAAGAAGAAAGAGUACAUGGACGCUCUGGAGAAGAAGGUGGAGACGUGCUCCAACGAAAACAGCGAACUACGCAGGAAAGUGGAAACUCUUGAGUGCACAAACAAGUCUCUGCUGCAGCAGCUACAGUCUCUGCAGGCGGUGGUGGCAGGCAAAGUCCCCAAGUCCUGCAGGGUGGCUGGCACCCAGACGUCAUCAUGCUUAAUGGUGGUUGUGUUGUGUUUUGCUCUGUUUUUGGGAAGUUUUUACCCCAGCAGUCUGACACCUUGCUCCACCAUCGCCGAAACUGGCCAAACCUCCAAACAGCUGGCCAUCAAAGAGUCCUACACAACCACAGUUAAAUCGAGGAGUCUGUUAUCAACCUUCGAAGACGAGCAGCCACACCUCCUCGGGCUGGGCGGAGAAUAUCCCGAACAGUGGGAGGACACGCCGGCUCUCGUCAUGGCGGCUUGGCGUCGCUCAGAGCAACAGAAACUCGGGGAGGAGCCCAGCCGGGUGGAGACACACCCGCCCUUCAGGAGUAAAAACAACGAUACGCAGACAUCAGAAAACCUGCUGCUGGACCUGCACAGGUCUCUGGAGCAGCUGACGAACGAGAGCAGUAGUAAAGUGAUAGAGCUGGAGCGAACGGUCAAUGAGACCUCCUGAGGCUCAUGUCACCCCAAACCCUACCUUCUCCCCUUAAACCCUGUGAUGACCUUUGACCCUCCCCCUCUCUCCCUCCCUCUCUCUCUCUAGAGCAUGGUUCAGUGUCCUGGAGCAAACCUCAUAUUUCCCACUGCUGAAUGUUUUAGGUCAUGUUUUUCCUCUUCUUCCAUCUUUACUUAAUCAGAAACACUGUAAUAAUAAGAAUUAUUAAUAAUAAUAAUUAUAAUUAUAAUAUCAGGGCACUGGCUGUCCUUAAUUUCUGAAGUAAAGUUGCACUGAAUAGUUUUCUACAAAUUACACAUUUUAGUUAUCUGUUGUCUUAAUUGACCCACCAUCAAAUCGAUCUAGUGAAUAAUGUUACGUGGCAUUUAUUCCAGUUUAUUAAAGUUUAUUAAAAAAAAUAUGACAUGUGAGGCUUUUUACAGGACACUGACGAGAAACUCUAUAUUUAUAGAAAAACUUUUUGUUGUCUUUGUAGUUGUAUUUCUUUUUAAUAUUAAGUAUUUUUAUUCCAUUCCAGUAAUGCAUACAUCCCAUUUUGAUACUUGUUUGUGUUCAUACUGUAUUUUGUGUUUUUAUUUUAUUGUUACUCUUUUAUAUAUAUAUAUAUAUAUAUAUAUUGUUAAUAUUUUUUCUUUGUCUGCCUUUUCGGUGUUUCUUGUGUUUGUGGCUUAGCUCUGGGUUCCUGCACUUUGUUUGGAAAUAAAUGGCAAUUUGUAGAUGUUUAAAAGUUUAUAAAUUGGCUGCAAAAAGAAUGAAAAUGUGUCUUGACAGUGUUUCAUGUAGCUGGAGAGUGAAUAUCAUCUUGCACAGGACACUUUAUAGAUGUUCUGACUGAUCUCCAGCUGCAGCUACGCUAAAAAACAAAAAACAAAAGCUUGUAAAUACUGACUGAAAUACUCAAAUACGAGCGUCUACAAAAAAAAAAAAGCGUGGACUUUUAUAUUUGACAUGUGGGGAUCCUGUUAGCUACGCUUCAGACAUUUUUUUGACUUAUUUCUGUCUGUAUGAUGUCACUGUGUGCAAGUCAGAAGUCAAAUAUUUGAGACUUAUAGUGUCCUGCAAAACUAUUGUAGUUAAUUGUAGUCACCAAAAAACAUCUUAAUUGGCUACAUUUACAAGGUUGGACAACUGUUGGACCAGUUUGAUGGAUGCAGUUAAGCAGCAGACUCAGAAUGACUAUAACACAUCCCAUAGUGUUGCUUUUAUUUAAAGGGAUAGUUUGACAUUUUGAGACGUGUGCCUUCUUGUCCAGCUGAAUGCUGAAUGUGAAGCUGGUAGCUUAGCUUAUCUUAGCGUAAAAACAAGUGUAAACAUGUGGAAACAGCUAGCUUGGCUCAGUCCAAAGGUUGAAAAAAACACUGAUCAUGAUGUUCAAAGCUCUCUUGCACAUAACUCCCUGUAAAACCACAAUUUCACACUUUUUGUAGAAAUUAAACACACAAGAUCUAACCUGCUAAUUAGUGAGUUUCAUAUAUGCACGUAGGUGGAUUUUUGUUACCUCUGGACUAAGUCAGGCUACUUGUCUCCAUCUGUUUGCAGUUUUAUGCUAAGCUAAGCUAACAAUCGGUUUGCUGUAGCUUCACAUUUACUGGAAUCAAUCUUUUUUAUGUAAUUCUCGGCAAGAAAGCAAAUAUGUCAAAACUCUUCUUGAAUGGUUUGAUCGUUCCACAAAAUUUUAGUCUCCACACUAAACUUUAAAAGCCUUUUUUUUAAAUCUUGAGAUGCUUUUGCCUUGCACACUUUCACUUUUUGUCAGCUUUGAGAGUCUUUAUCUUUAUCUAUCUUUUGUCAGCAUUUGCCAAAAAACAAAAUUUCUUCCCAGAAAUGAUUUUAAAAAAGAAGAAUAUCUAUAUUUUUGUAAAUAUGAGUUGUUAAUAAAUAAGAAAGUCUAAAAAUGUGUCUGUAGUUUAUAAAAACCAAUCCGUAAUUCAUUCUGUUGUUAAAUUAUGAACAUACGACGCCUCACAGCUCGCUGUUUGGUUUAGUUUGUUAAAUUACAGAUCAUGGCUUUAAAUGUCCUAACUGUCCAUUUCCAAGAACUAUAUUACAAAUUUAAAGAUGAGUUUUCUUUCUUUCUUUCUUUUAAAUGUCUGAGCUUUGAUGAAACAUGCUCUUUCGUGUUUGUUACAGAAAUAUUUGACUCUGUAUAUUCAUGUAAAUAGAAACAGUCACAAAUAUGAUGAAAAAUUCAGUAAUAUCCACUGAUUAAAAUGAAACUUAAUGAAGCCCAGACAAGCUGAGGUUGAAUCAAAUUGUCAAUUAAACUCAAUCCUAGCCCAGUUUAGAGGCUAGAAAAUGAGAUUUGUAUAUGUCAAAGUCUCAUAUUUUAAGAGUUGUAGAUCAGUGGCUUUUUAUCGUCAAAGAUUUGUUGUCAGAUAUGUUGUUUUGUUGCAUUGAGGAAGUCUCCAUCAUGUCUUAGUGCUGAUAAGUCAAAACUACGUUACAUUCCUCACUGCUGACAAGAAAUCAUGGGAAACACCCAGAUCUAUUAUCUUUAAAUUUCUGUGGAAAUAAAGAAACCUCUGCUCUAGUUUAGACUUGAAAGUAACAGCCGUUUUUCCAAAAUCAGACUUCAUUUCAACGUUGCUCGUGUGUAAAGCCGGCCUGAUCUCGGCUUUCUGUCUUUUUUUUUUGUUGCUUUCAAAUGAAUAAAGUAUUUUCCUUAG